UAGUGAAUUGGAUUGUUCAGGUUACAAGAGGCUGAUUAAAAUUUGCACCUCUAUUAGUACCCAUUAUUUGGUUAAAUCAUUAGGAUGUGGAAGAUAGUGUGUGUGACAGCCGAUAUCUUUAUUUAUUCCUCACUGAUAAAAAUCAAACUUGUAAAUUAAGUUAAGUUCCAACCCUUCCCUAUGUAUUUGGCUUGUGGAAUUGGCCUGAAAUAAUACCGUAACAUAGAGAUCCAUUAAUGAGUGCCCCGGCAGGUUAAAGUGUUCCCUGGCUCCUGGGCAAUUACCCCAUAGCUUCCCACUUGUUUGUGGACCUGUACAGAAAAAAUGAGAAAGUAAGCAAUUUUUCAGUAAUGUGCUCUGAAACUUUGUAUUUUUAGGUCUGAUUUUACACUCAAGUAGUUUUCAAGUGAGUUGAAAUGGGAUAUGCAAGACAGAGUAGAUUUCUGGAAGGAAUACAGAGUCUGGAAAAGUUGAAAUCCAUUGGCUUACCCAAUCACUUUGUGCUGCUAAUGCAAUCAUUUGAUACAACUUGAGUGUUAUUUCAUGGUGUGAUUAGGGAUGUGAAAGUGUAACUGUGUACAUGGUUAAUUGAUGGGCCUGGGUUGAUCAGUUAACCUUUACGGUUACAUGCAGGCUGCUAGUAACUUCCCCUCCGUAUCCUCCCGCGCACGCUGCUGCCUCUGUAUCAGCUCCUGGGAAGCUGACUGCCCCACACAUGUAACUGCUGAAAUGUUCAGCAGUUACACAAUUACUUAAUUAUACACAUUUUAACAUCCCUAGGUGUGCCUGUUCUCAUGCAAGCUGGAGUGAACUUCAGAAUAGUUAAUUCAAUUAACUCUGCAGUGAACAUGCAUCCAAAGGGAAGUGGUCUCCAGAUUUUUCAGGAUCAUGCCCAUCUGUGCCCACGACCUUGUCUGAGCUAAGGAGGGGAGUGGGGUUGUGGCUUCUGGAGCUGGGACGGCAGGGUAGGGGGAAAGGAGACACGGACAGGGGUAAGGGGAUAGGUCUGGUUGUGGGAGCAGAGCCAGGAAUGGGGCUGGGAAUGAAGUCGCAACCAGAGGCAAAGGCUGGGUCAGGCUUGCAGCCAGGCACAGAGCUGUAGUGAGGCUGGGGCCAGGGCCAGGGCCAGGGCCAGGAGACAGGACUAGAGGCAGAGCCAGAACACAGCUGAGGAUGGAGUGGGGCUGGUUGGUGCUUCCCCUCCACCCCUUGCCCUAUGUGUGGGCUGGCCUGGCCCCUCUGCACCCAAAUGUUCCUCCUUACCCCCCGGGGGGUCAUGUCCCACAGUCUGGGGAUCUCUGCUAUCCAGAGAUGAUGUGACUUGUUGGAGAUCAUGCAGGAAGUCUGAGUCAGAGGUAGGAAGAAACCAGAAUUCCUGAUCUGCAGUCAGUUUUCUUCAAUAUAUAAAGAAACUUGAUAGCUUGCCUCUAUACUUUCUUCUCUUUUAGCCCUUCUUGAGACAUGUUUCAUACUACUAAAGCCAGGUUAAAUUAAUUUGUUUUGAGUACAGUUCCUUGCAAAGAUAAUCUCUAGGGUACUAUUAUUAUGGAAGAUAAAAUAAUCAGUGUUGUUUAUUAGUGCAUCAUUAUAUAUCAUUUUCAGAAUUGCAACCUACCUUUGCCUCCCUUCAUUUUACCAAAAGUUAAAUGUAAUUAAAAUAUUAUGAAACACAAUUACAUGUUACAGAAUUGUAGGUGAUGAUGAUGGAGGGAAACUCUUUACCCCGGAACAAUAUGAAGAGUACAAAAGAAAAGUGUUACCAGUUCGAUUACAGAACAGAUUGUAUGUGAGCUGGAGAUCACCAACUGGCAUGGAUUGUAAACUUGUGGGCCCAGAGACACUGUGUUUUUGUACCCAUAGGUAUAAACAACACAAAACAGAUUUAGAAGAGAUUCCAAAAGAUCGUCCUAUUUGUCUACCCUGUCGAGUGAGCCGUUGUCAGUGCAAAUCCUAUCACUAUGUUCCUUUAAAUGGGACUCAGCCCAUUCGUUGUAGAUGCAAGCAUUUUUCUGAUCAGCACAGUGCAGCACCUGGAUUUUCUUGCAACUCCUGUUCCAAAUGUUCAGGAUUUCACAGCUGUUUUACCUGUGGGUGUGGUCAGCCAACAUAUGCUCAUGAAACAAUUGUGGAAACUAAACAAGAGCGCUUAGCCCAGGGAAAACCUGUGGGGCAGGAUGUUCCUUAUGCUGCAAUGGGAGGAUUAACUGGCUUUAGUUCACUAGCAGAAGGCUACAUGAGACUUGAUGACAGUGGAAUAGGGACACCAUCUGCUGAAUUUCUAGAGUCACCUAGUAGUGGCAUGGACCAUCCAUUUCUAAAAGCAUUCCAAGGCCCAUCCAGUUCUGCACAAGCCAACUUACAAUUAACAGGUGGCUCUAGUUCAGGAAAACAAGUUAGUAAUUUAAGGAGUUCUGAAGAAGAUGACAUGGCUUAUUUUGAAAAACAGUACCAGGAACGGCUGAAAAAGGAGAAGAGUGAUAAACUGAAAGUUAAAGGGCCUCUGCGGUCAAAGAAUCCAUGAAGAUUAAUGAAACACAGGAGAUUUAGUGAUACAGAAUUGUUUUAAGUGUAUUUUAAUGGUGUUUAUUGCACACAUUUUCUAAUGUCUCAGUACUAACACUUUUAUCUUAAAGUACUUAUGAAAUUAAUUUAAAUAUUUGAUGGUUCUGUUUCUUUCAAAUAAAAGUGUUAUGUUUUAUCAUAGUA